CAGGUGGCGAUUCUCUUCGCCGAGCUGCCAAAAUUUCUGCAUCUGUUGCCCGCCUCAGUGCCACAGAGCAGUUUGGAGCUGGAACUGAACCGCGAGGAAGACCCCCAGAUGCGAUGGCUGAGUUUGCGGCAGAACAGUCUCCUACGGCAGCCCGUUGCGGCCUGGCGCUUCCGGCGCAAUGAGGUACUCAUGCUGCUGCAGGUGCUGAAGGCCUGGACCUUGUCCUCUUGGCCCAAGGGCGGAGCGGAGAUGGGCAUGGAUCGCGCCAGCUUCUGUAGAUUCAUUUUGGAUGUUGGCUUGGUGGACCAGCACAAGGUGCCAUACUUCUGGGCCGUGCACCUCUUCGACCUGUUGGCCAAGCAGAUCCGUUUCUGCGCCGUGGACGAUCAGAUGCUGAGCAGUGCGCUGCUGCCCGUGGUCUUCUGGUGGGAUCUCUUCCCGAUCGUGGAGCACUUGGCUGGGCAACACUUUAAGAUCGGGCAGAGCAAUCUGCGGGUGAAAUUCAUCGAACACCUGGCGGAGAUUGCUCGGUUGCGUUUGCCCAGCUUUGCGCAGAAGGUGAUGAACAUCAGCAAGGAGCACCUAGAGUUGAUGCACCAAGGUGUGGGUGUUGAUGAUGAACAGAUGACCAUCACGGAGGACGAGACUGGAAAGCGUACCAUUACCAAGUCCAGGAGCUUGCGAGCGCAGAAUGAGAAGGCCAGCAGUAAGGUGCAGCUGCAUAUCUUGGAGGAUGCGGCCAAGCAACGGCAGAAGAGUUUGUUGGUGGAGCCCGAGGUCUUGCAGCUGCUGUGGCAACACGAAGAGGUCUUCAAGGCUUUGCACAAAGCCUAUGCAGACGACCGAGGUGUCAGCCCCAUAGCGCUGCCACAGACGGUGGCCGCCUUCCACUCGCUGGUGGGUUUGGCGGCCAUGUGCACCUCCAUUGGUUCCUUCGUGGAGACCCCCGAAGCCGGCGCCAACAUGGAGAACAUCGCGGCGGUGCUGGGAGAUUUCAUCGGUGGCAUCACUCUGACGGGCAGUCUCAUUGCCUUCGGCAAGCUGAACGGGAACUUGGCAUCAAAGCCGCUGGAUCUGCCAGGCAAGAACUUCCUGAACUUGGGCGGACUGUUCCUCUUCUUGUUCUUCAUGUUCAAGUUUUUGGGAACCUCAGGUCCUGGUGGUGUUGUGAUUCUGUGGCUGGUGGCAGCUUUGGCCUGUGUCAUGGGUGUCCAUUUAGUGGGCUCCGUGGGUGGUGGCGACAUGCCCGUGUGCAUCACCGUGCUCAACUCCUACUCCGGCUGGGCCUUGGUAGCGGAGGGCUUUCUGCUGAAGAGUCCGGUGCUGACCAUCGUUGGCUCCUUGAUCGGCUUUAGCGGAGCGAUCCUCACCAAGAUCAUGUGUGACGCCAUGAAUCGUGACAUCAUGAACGUGCUCUUUGGAGGUCUCAACAACGCUCCCGUGGCGAAAGGCAACGACACCGGGCCGAAGGAACACGUGGAGACCAGCGUGGCAGCGGUGGCCGAGAUGUUGGCCUCAGCCAAGGAAGUGCUGGUGGUUCCGGGCUACGGGAUGGCUAUGGCCCGAGCGCAGACUGCGAUGGGUGAGUUAGCAUCAACCCUGAGGGCCAACAACAUCAAGUUGAAAUUUGGAGUUCACCCAGUGGCUGGCCGCAUGCCCGGGCAGAUGAACGUGCUGCUGGCAGAGGCCGGCGUGCCGCAUGAGUGGGUCUUGGAGAUGGACGAAGUGAACCCUGACAUGGAAAACCAGGACGUGGUGCUGGUCGUUGGAGCCAACGAUGUGGUGAACUCGGCAGCUCAGGAGCUUGAAGGCUGUGCCAUUUGGGGCAUGCCAGUGAUUGAAGUCUGGAGAUCCAAGAAGGUGAUCUUCUGCAAGCGAUCCAUGGGUGGAGGCUAUGCGGAUUUGGACAAUCCAGUCUUCUACAAGGAGAACACUGAGAUGUUGCUGGGCGACGCCAAGAAGACCAGUGAUUCCUUGGCGGCCAUGGUGAAGGAACGCUUGGAAAAGGUCUAACUUUUUCGCAGAUUUCGCCAGAUUUCACCUUGG